CGGUUGAAUAUGUUGGAGCCGCGUAAGCUGUCGCUAUAGUGAGACGGUUCCUCACGGUUCUGCUUCUCCUCUCUUACUCUAUCCUCUUCCGUGUUGUGUUUCUUUUAACGGGUCGAACCUCACAACAACAACAACAAUCAGGGGUUUUAUUUAUUUUGUUUCGGUCAAAAAAGGAGAAAGGAAAGGUUUCAUAGAUUAAUAUAUGUUAUGGGCACCAUCGCCUCUCCAGCUUCUUCUUCUUCUCCGUUUUCUGAUGCUUUUUCUCAAAGGGUUUUGAUAGUGGGGAAAUUGAUGUGAUGAAGGUGUGUAUGAGGUUGUUUUGUUGAAUUGUUUGUGGGAUGGCAACAGCAAUACAAGUCAUGAAGGAGAUGAGCUAAAAUAAUGGGUGAUUCUUCUCUUCUCACUUGUUUGUCAAUGGAGAAUCACCACCCAUCCACGCUCUUGUCCAUGGAUUCUAGUGCUUCUUCACAUGAGGAACUGGAUUUGGAGAUGAACACACAGAUCAUACUUUCGCGUCCCCCCGAUAUCAAUUUGCCCCUUUCAGCAGAGCGCAGCCCUCCUCCACAGCCAUGGAAUUCUGAUCCUUGUGAUAUUUUGGAUGUUGGUCUUGGUACUCAAGGCUAUGAGACUGAGACUUUUCUCAACAUUCCCAAAGCUGGAAGGAAAUGCACCAAGCGCGUUGAUAGCAUUUGGGGCGCUUGGUUUUUCUUCCGGUUUUACUUCAAGCCCGUGUUGCAUGAGAAAUCUAAGGCCAAGGUUAUCAGGGACAGCACUGGUUUUUCGGGGUUUGACAAGACCGAUCUCAACCUUGAUGUUUUCAUGGUUCAGCAUGACAUGGAGAACAUGUACAUGUGGGUUUUCAAGGGGAGGCCGGAGAAUGCAUUGGGCAAGAUGCAGCUCAGGAGUUACAUGAACGGGCACUCUCGCCAAGGGGAGCGCCCGUUUCCGUUUAGUGCUGAGAAGGGCUUUGUUCGAUCCCACAGGAUGCAGCGGAAGCACUAUAGAGGACUGUCAAAUCCCCAAUGUGUGCAUGGCAUUGAGGUUGUUCCGUCACCCAAUCUAAUGGGUCUCGAUAAGGAUGAGCAGAAGAGGUGGAUGGAACUCACUGGCCGAGACUUGAAUUUCACAAUCCCUCCUGAAGCAAGCGAUUUCAGUUCGUGGAGAAACCUUCCUAACACCGACUUUGAGCUUGAAAGGCCGCCUCACCCAAUCAAGAGUGCUCCUAAUUCUCAUCCUAAAAAACUGCUUAAUGGAACUGUGCUGAAUCUGUCUAACCAUAGCAAUGGUGAUGCCAUUGAUCUAUCUCCUGUAAAUGGCAAGAAGAGGAAGGAGUUAUUUCUUAAUGAUGAAGACUAUUACUUGUCUGUUAAUGCUCCUUCUGAUCGGGUUCCAGAUAUAGACAUGCAACCAAGUGAGCAUCCCUGGUUGAAUGACUUUAGUGGGGUGAUGAAGAAUGUCCGUGGCCCUGUUACUGCUGCAAAAACUAUUUAUGAGGAUGAAGAAGGUUACAUGAUUGUUAUAAGUCUGCCGUGUGUGGAUCUUUCAAGUGUUAAAGUUUCUUGGAGGAAUACUCUCACUCAUGGUAUCAUUAAGGUUUCUUGUGUGAGCACAUCUGGGAAGCCAUAUAUCAAGAGACAUGAUAGGACAUUCAAGCUUACAGAUCCAUCAUCGGAACACUGCCCACCUGGUGAGUUUGUUCGUGAAAUCCCUCUUUCCGCUCGAAUUCCUGAAGAUGCCAAUAUAGAAGCAUACUAUGAUGGGCCAGGAUCAGUGCUCGAGAUCAUGGUGCCAAAACUUCGUGUGGGAUCAGAAGAGCAUGAAGUCCGUGUUUGCCUUCGCCCUCAUCUUGGAGGGAAUGAUCUUAUGUUGACUUGAGUUUUAGGUUCUUAUUAAAAUUAUUGGGGUUGCAAGCAUGGUCCGAAAAUCAUUGUUUUACUAACUUUGUACCUGUGUAAUCUACAAUACAAAAAAGUGCAUCUCACAAUUAUCUCCAUUUUUUUCUUACUAAUUGCGAAGGUUUUUUUUUGGGUCCAUGCAUCUAUUAGUGUUUGACUGUAAUCAUUCUUCAUUUAUUAACAUCCAUCCCUGAUCAUUUAUAUGAAAUUAUUAAAUCCGACCUUGUGUA